ACGCCACUCCCGAGCGCGGCGUAGCGCGGGUGCGACCGUCCCAGAAAUGUCCAGUGGAAGGAUAAAAGUGAAGAGGAGCGACCGGCAGACUGGCGGCGCCAAGCAGGCUUCCGCUUCAUAGGAGUGGACCUAAUCGAGGACCUGCUGAGAGUGGGUCCUUAAAAUAAUUUAUCGACAAGUUUUACCCCAUCCGCUCCUCAUCCCCUCACAAUUUUACUUUAAUUCCCUUGUAAAGCUCGAACGACGGCAUAAAGAUUAUCUCAUCCUUAUCUCAACCCCUCCACGAGUGUUAAAUUUUUCAAAAUACCAUCGAAAGUUAAUCCAGCAGCCAGAGGGGAAGGAGAUUUCACUUCAACCCAAUAAUAAUAUGAGGGAUUCAUCAGUGUGACAAUUGAGUUGAAGUCACUCAAAAAGUUUUGUUGAAGUGCUUUGGUGAUAAUUUGGUGAGCAUAUUACGAUAUGAGAUAUGAAGGUUGGUCUAUUUGAUAAGGCUGAAGACACCACCAGUAGAUCUGGCAAUAGUCAGUAAUACGCCAACUUCCCCUGGCUGGGAAGUGGCUGAUCGUUGGAACUCAGUGAUAAAAACGAGACAAAAAUAUUUUAGUGAAGAUAGAGAUAACACGGGCGGGCUGAGGAAGCCCACGAGUUGAGAGUGUUUUAGUGAUCAAGAAGAUACCCUUUGAGGGUUUUAUCAACAGAGUUCUCCUCAUGUGGUGGUAUAGAGGUGAGGACAGGAUGCAGUGUCACGCAGCCUCAUGGAGCUUUGCACUCCUUGCAGCUACUGUUGCCCUUUUACCUGCCACUCAUCGUUCGCCCUUCGUCUAUGCUGCCGCUGUUGGUGGUAGUAUGUUGGGCGAUGUCAACAUCUCAGCGAUCCUAGAUUCCUUUUCCAUUAGUUAUGAUAAAAGAGUAAGGCCGAACUACGGAGGUCCUCCUGUCGAGGUGGGCGUCACCAUGUACGUCUUGAGUAUCAGCUCGCUAUCAGAAGUCAAAAUGGACUUUACGCUGGAUUUCUACUUCCGGCAAUUUUGGACUGAUCCAAGACUGGCAUUCACGAAGAGGCCAGGGGUGGAAACACUCAGCGUUGGAUCUGAACUUAUUAAAAAUAUAUGGGUACCAGAUACGUUCUUCGUCAAUGAGAAGCAGUCUUACUUCCACAUUGCCACCACCAGCAACGAGUUCAUACGAAUACACCACUCGGGAAGCAUAACACGAAGUAUACGCUUAACAAUCACAGCUUCAUGUCCCAUGAAUCUUCAGUAUUUCCCGAUGGAUCGACAACUGUGCCACAUCGAGAUCGAGAGUUUUGGAUACACAAUGCGCGAUAUUCGGUACAAAUGGCACGAUGGCUCAAAAUCUGUCAGCAUCGCGAGUGAGGUGGAAUUGCCGCAGUUUCGCGUGCUUGGUCACAGGCAACGAGAGAGAACCAUAGGCCUAACCACAGUCGGAUACACGAUGAGAGACAUCCGGUACAAGUGGAACGAGGGUCCCAACAGCGUUGGUGUCAGCAACGAGGUCUCGCUGCCUCAGUUCAAGGUCCUCGGUCAUCGACAGCGGGCGAUGGAGAUUAGUUUGACCACCGGUAAUUAUUCUCGGCUAGCGUGUGAAAUCCAGUUUGUGAGAUCGAUGGGAUACUACCUGAUUCAAAUCUACAUACCCUCGGGAUUAAUCGUGAUAAUCUCAUGGGUGAGCUUUUGGCUAAACCGAAACGCAACCCCCGCUCGGGUAGCCCUCGGAGUAACCACUGUGCUCACCAUGACAACCCUCAUGUCCUCGACAAACGCGGCCCUCCCCAAAAUCUCCUACGUCAAGUCAAUCGACGUCUACCUGGGCACGUGUUUCGUCAUGGUCUUCGCCUCACUCCUCGAGUACGCCACCGUCGGUUACAUAGCUAAGAGGAUUGCCAUGAGGAAAAGCCGGCUACAGAAGAUUGCUGAGAGUGUUGAACUAGCGAGAAAAAAUCCAGUACCUGGAGUGCCUGGAGAUCAUGGGGACCAUGCGCCCAAACAAACUUGGUCCCGUGUUGUCCAGGAGGUGCGGUUCAAGGUCAACGACCCCAAGGCCCACAGCAAAGGUGGAACACUGGAGAAUACAAUAAAUGGACGGGCCGACGAGGAAGCACCACCAGUGCCACAGCAUUUUAUACAUCCUGGCAAAGACAUAACCAAGUUGUAUGGUACACCAUGUAUAACACCCUCGGAUAUUGACAAGUACUCUCGCAUCGUAUUUCCUGUGUGCUUCGUGUGCUUCAACCUGAUGUACUGGAUCAUCUAUCUCCACAUCAGCGACGUAGUUGCUGACGAUUUGGUGUUACUAGAGGAGGCGAAGUAGACGAAUCCACCCAGGAAUGAGAGGAAUAGUAGAAAAUCUAAUGGAAUACUUCGCCGUAGAUUCGAAAAUUGUUUUUUUAGAGAGACUACCAUCGUUGAAUACGGCGGAGAUACUAAAACUUAAAACCGUGCUGUGACUAACCCUUCGACUUUCAGGCACUGUGCGGCACACUCGUCGCGUCGUCCAAUUUUCUGUCUCACUGAUAGAAAUGAAAAAAAAAAUUUCUAUUAAAUGAAUCUGAUAAAUUUCGCCGAGUUCAACCGAGGGAGCCUACAUCGUCGAACGUUCCAGAAAAUUUAAGAAGUAAAAUAAAAAAAAAUGAGUAAACCAUGAAAAAGCAAAAAAAAAAAUAACAAUAAAGUAUAUAUAUAUAUUAAAUCAAUGACCAUGAGUCGGUGAAAAAAAAAUUACCGAUUUCCAAAUGGUCCACAUUAACGCUCAAUGACUCUUCCUCGAUCGAGGGAACGCAAAAUGAUCAGCGGAAAUCGACGUCUCGAGGUGCAUUACACCCCCACGUCAGCACCGGAAGUAGAUAUUCCUGUCAAUAAAAAAAUACGUUAAAACGUGUGCAUUAAACGGGUGAUUAAAAAAAUUCCGGAAUGAUGUUGCUAACAAUGAAAGCACAAGGAGAAAUGACUGGAGAGGUCGAAUUUCCGGGAUCGUGAAAGCGCAACGAAGACUGAAGGAUGUCGAGCCGAGAGAUAAAACGAAGUACCGAUGAAAAAAAAAAUAUAUAUAUAAUACAAUAUAUAUAUAUUAAGUUAGAAAAUUCAUGAGAAAGUGAAUGAGGAAAUCGAAGGUAUUAAAAAAAAUCAUGGAGAAGUGAAAAAAUGUUAUAGUUGAUAAAGAACGGGGCGAGUGUGAGGACUCGUUUAAUUCCAUAAAGAAAAAAAUAUUAAUGUAGUGUGCAGUGCCGAGAAAGCCUCGAGAGACGAUUAUUAUAUAUUAUACAUGAAAAAUUAUAAAUAUUAUAUACAUAUACCUUUACAGCAUUGCCAGUAUAUAUCUAGUAACGAUCAAAGAUGAAAAAGAGCAAAAAUAUUGAUUAAUUACCUACAGCAGAAAUAAGGGAAAUUAAAAAAAAACUUCGGUAUAAAAACGUCAAUUUAGCUAUACUGAAUAGUUUGACAUAAGCUAUGACUAAUAGGCAUUAAAUAACGGGGCUCAACAAAACGGUGGGUUAACAAUUGCGUUUGAGGAUUGAUUGCACAGGAAAAUAGAAAAAAAAAAGGGAAAUCGAUGGACUUAAUUUUUCAGGAGGAAAUAAAAAAACUAAUGGUCGUUCGAGUGGAAGAGGAAGUUGAAGAGAGUUGAGUGGGGCUGUAGCGAAGUGUUUCAUGUUUCUGGUUGCAAGGACAUAUUUUUUUUAUGGGACAAGAGGGCAUCCGGAGGAAUGACGCACUUGAAUCAAAUUAAAAUGUUUAUUCCAGCUCUGUACAUUCAUUCCAACAAUAUUUGUGUUGAAAAUAAAUUAACUCGCACGUUUAUUCCAAGGGAAACAUUUCAAUUAUAGAAAGUAAAUAAUUAAUUGAUUACUAUUGAAAAGGCGUGACAGAUUAAUAAAUUGUUUUCCUUUCUGCUCAAUUAAAUAUUUAUACUAAUCAAAGAGCCGUGUGGAUAUAUUGAUGUGAUUCCCACACAUCAUUUCUCCGGAUGUGAUCCAAGGAGAAUCAAUCAGCCUUAACCUUAAAUUGAAAACAAGGGAAUUUAUUUAACAUGAACAAAGUUUGUUAACUACUAUUAAUUAAUUGAUCCAUCGUAAAUGGAGUGGAAUUUUCAAGGGUGAUGUCCCCCAAAUUUCACUACGUUGAUCUUCAUGGUUAUCAUUAUUUUAUGUAAAUAAUGAUCGAUUGAUGUUCCAAUCUCAGAAUAAUUGAACGAUAAUUUUUAUGCAUUCGACUUUCAAUCGGGCAAUUCGGCCUGGAAAAUUACUGCAGACAUUCGCCACACCUCAAGCAUCUAUUCAUUAAAAUUUUUCUUACAAUUUCACGUACAUCCAUAAAUUUCUAUCGGCGAUUUUCCCGCAUGUAUGAAUCACUGAAUGUUCCUCCCACGAUGGAAUGAUCAUCGAUACACUCAAUAUGCCCUGGCGAAGUGUGAAAUAUUUUCCAGGCCGGGAGGCACGGAAAAUGUAUAAAAAUCGAAUGCCACAGGAGGGCCAUAUGCAGGGAGAGUAGAGUAUGAAUUUAUCACCAUCUUAUUCCACACGCAAUAUAUCCUGCCAAAGAGGGAGAAGGAAAUCCUCGAGUAGGGAGUCGUAAACUCAAAGGAAAAUUUAGUUGUUGAGAUUGAAGAUGUUUCAAGGAAAAAAAAAAAUUCAAUUCAACUGCAUUGAGUUUUGUCCUUUAAAAAAUUAUUAUUCCCCAUUAAUUCUACUUUUAUUCUUCAUCACACUGUAGAUUGUUCAUUUAUAAAGUAUAAGAAAAUUUUUAAAGCCAUUGCAAUUUGAUUUGUCAACAAAAAAUGUUUACUCUGUCUGUCUCUCCCAUCAGCAACUGAUUAAUGAUAUUUAUGGGGUCACUUUCUCUUCCUUAUCUUAUCCACCCCCAUGCAAUUUCUGUCUUAUCAUGCCAUAUUUGCUUCUCUAUUUUCAUUCACAAGAAGAACAUAUAUCGUUCAAUGUGUAAACUCGAGGGAAAAAGCGGAUGUUAAAAAAAAGGAGAACAAAUUCAAUAGGAUUGUGCAAUUCCCGUUGCAGUAGCUCCAUGACAAUUGCAAUUCAGUCGUGUCACUGAAAAACGUCUAGUACGUUUAUAAUUCCCAUUACCAACUGAUUAACGGUAUUUAUACAGCAACUUUCUCUCCCCUCCUCGCGGCAGAAUUUUUUUCCCUUAUCACCCCCAUUCUUUUUGUCUUUACAAUCCCCCUCGACGUCAACGCGUGCGAGCUUAAUUUCUCUGCCGAUCCUCACCCCAUUUCUCCUCUCUUUCUUCCCUUACUCUCUUUUUUCUUGCCAGUAUGAGUGAGAGUGGGAGGACGCCGGGAUGUGGAAACUUGCCAUUCAGGAUAUCGACCAGACACGCCCAGUCCUCUCUGUCCUACCCUCUCUCACUCCUCUCUUCGUACCCCAGUUCUCUCCUAUCGUCUCCUCUCCUACGUGUGUAACAACUCGCACCACUAUUCACGAAUAGUCUGACAGCUCCGACUAUUGGUGAGAAAAGAACGAAUGUAUGAGGGAACUGAAUAGAAGAAAAGAAAGAUGGAACAAAAAAGUUAAGAUGAAACAAGAAGAAAUGAGAGUAAAUCCUUUCUCAUCCUCAACCUACGAUAUUUCCAUCUAAAUAGCUUCACCUAUGUCACAGUAAUUCUCUUUACCAUUAAUUCCACGUCUCCAACCCCCCCAUACUCACCUGCAAUUUUUAUUUCAACGAAUAUUUCCAUUCAUGCAUUCUGUUUGAAUGUCUUCACUGGACAAAUGAAAUUCCAUUGAAAUGCUCUUCAAUAGGAAGUAAAGAGUAAAUUUAUCCUCGAAAAUUGGUCGAAAGCCCGAGAAUUUGCACCCGACACGUAUCAAGGAAUAUUCCAAUUCUAUCUCGAGUACGUACUACUUGAAUGCCGAGAAAAGGCCGGCAAAAAAUUGACUUUCAUAGUUGUAAAAAAGAAACGAGAGAAAUCAUAAACAAAAAAUGUCAUGAAAGGAUAGAGUGAAAUUGCUCUCGAUCGAAGUGAGCGUAGCGUUCAUUUUAUGCAUUCGCCUCGCGUGUCGUCUGCUUCCUCGAGACUUCAUGUGAAACAAUUUAUUUCAAUUUGAACCCAUGCAGCCACGAUUUGCUGCGAACAUUUUUCUCCACUUCAUUCGGUUUCAAUUUGAUUUUUUUUCUCCACUCCAAUUUGAUUUUUCACUCCUGAGGGAUAUUUUCCUGAAGAUAUUAUAUAUCAACAUGAAAUUUGACUGGUGAAAAUUUUGUAUCGAUUUUUUUAUCAGUAAUUUUUUAAAACCCGAAGACUAUUUGAAAAUUGUCUAGAAUUUUCUACAAUUAAAACAUUGUUUUGCUAGCUUUUUCUCCAAAUAUUCUUCGCACAAAAACGAUCAGUUAAGGGGAUUCCAUCUAGAUGAUUGAUUGAUUGAUGGGGUUGAACUUGAAUGUGGGGGUUGAUUCAUCACUUCAUCCCCCAACGGAUAAACCCCGAUGUGAAUCAACCCUGAAACUGGCUUAUUUCAUCCUCUGAACGGCCGAGGAAACACUACAGUAGAAGAAGAUAUGAAGUAGACUAAACAAGGGUUAAUUUACUCUUAUCGUUUUUGCAGGCGUCUCUCAAAAUAAAAACUCUGAAACUUUUCAAUUGAAAAAAUCUAUCCAAAACUUUUCACCAAUAACUAUUUUUCGUUUCGUGGAUAAUUGAUUAACAGCCCACUAUAAAAUCCGAUCAUGUUGAACAACUCUCCUAAUGAGUAAAAUCAUCAUUAUUAAAACUAGGAUUGUUGUUGAAAGUGUUAUGGGAAGCGUUACGAUGACCAACUCAAUUCAGUAGAAUGACCCCAAAGCCAUUGCGUUGAGUAGAAUUUAUUGUUCACCCUCGUGAUCAAUCAAUCGCUUCAAUUACGCCUCCGCUAACAACAAAUUUUUCAAUAAAAAAAAAUUCCCGCCGGUUUUGCUCCUUGAUAAACGAUUGGAGAUAAAAAGAAAUAUUAGCUGGUAAUAUCAUCGUUAUCGAAUUGGGAGUGUCUCUCCUCUAAUAAUAGUAAAGUGAUAAACAAAAAGAGGAAAAAGUAUGAACGGAAAAAAACCUAGUGUUUUGUCGUUGUGAUGUAUUUAAUAGUGUAUGGCUAUGUUUCGACGUUAAAGCAAUUAUUUUCUCAUGCCAAAUACGACGAUCAAACGAUGAACACAAAGAGUAUUGUGCAUUGAAAUAAGAAUAAUGUUUUGUAAGUGAGAUAUUUUUUGAAAAAAAAAAUUAUAAUCACACGAGUACUCUCUGCCAAUAUUAUUUAACAAGACUAAAGUAUUCAAAUUUUAUCAUCAUUGUUUUAUGAUUAACGUAUAAACAUUAAUGUUGAUGUACCGAUAAAUUUAUCAUAAUAACUACCAGCAAAGUAGCCAGUAUCUCGGGACAACAGAGUUCUCGGAAAAGUCUACACAUUGCAUUAUUUCUUUUCCCACGCAAAUGUCCCUCAAAAUUUAUAGUCUAUCGAUGACUAUUCAUAAUCACAUUGAAAUCAUCAGCAAUAACUGUACGCAAGCGAUGCUCGAUGCCAUUUACAACUUAUGUUCGUCUAAAACAUUAAUUAUAAAUCCUUGAACAUUAACAUUUAGCUUUAUCGAUCUCAACUGUCGCCUGUAUCUUCAAUCGAUCUUUAAAUGUUCUCACCAUAUCUUAGAAUUUCGCCCCUCUAGCGUCUAAUUUCAUUAGCUCUAACAAUUAAGUCUUCCCCAUCCAUAAUAUCUGUCCCUAAACCAUUUCGGUAAUGCCAUCAGCUAGCCUCUCAACGCCUGCCUUCUAAGUAGAUAACAUUACUUCACUUCCUCCAAAAAUAUUAUCAAAGCUAUUCAAAAUAAAAUCAAUAUUAGCCCAAUUAACAUCGUCAUGAACAACCCAAGCUUUGCGUUCAUGUUAAAUCUUUCUCUAACUACUUCUAUAUGGCGUUCAUUAUACACCAUAUCCUUUCCUUCUUUUAUCAGUAUCUCGCUCUGUGAUAUCUUCCCGAUCUCAAGCCCCACAUUAUAAAUUAACUCAGCUCGUCUCUAAUUAUAUCCGAAUACUCGAUCAAUCUGCUCAACUUUGUGAGUGAUAUGUAUAAACCUCUAAGUUCAUCACAUGUGUAAUUUCAUAUUCCUUCACAAUCUUCCCUUUUCGCUUAAGCGUAAAUAUAGUAGUAUCAUCUUUCAAAAAAUCAGAGUAAAGUAGUGAAGAUUCGUCUAGGAUCAACAUGGCACACUACUGGUAUACGGAGCCUUUACUCUAAUGUUGAUGUAUUGAAUUUUAUCGGUGCGAUUGAGCUGAACAUAAAUGAAAGUAUAUUGAAAAAAUAUAUAUGAGAUGAAAUGGGUGAAAUUGCGGUGGUGUGGAUUAGCGGGAGUGACUCGUGUACAUAACUUUUGUAUAUUUGUUAUACAUCAGUAUUUAUACAAACGAUUGAUCGUCGCAUCUGGCUGCACGACGAGUGAAUCUCUGUCCUCUGGUAGGAUUUACGUUUAUUACGUGCUACUGCGAAAUAAAUUUGAAUGAUUUACUUAAUUAAUAGGAAAGAAUAUCGUUAAGAUCGAGUAAGAGUACUAAUAAUAAGUAAAUAAAUAAAUUAAAUAACUGGAGGAAUCCCAAAAGUCAGCCCAGUCGCUCGAAAUAAUAAGUACCCCGUGAAAAUUUAAUAUAUUAGGAGUAUAAACCCAAAAGGAAGAAGUGAGAGUUAAGGAAAUUAAAGGCAAACAGUUCGAAAAAACGAUCACACCUUGUAAAUAUAAGUUUUAUACAGAGUAUUAUAUGCAUUGAAAAGUACUGUGAAACUAAUUAUUAAUAAAUUUAAGAAAACAAGAAAAAAUUAUGCAAAUAUGUAGGGCACACGGCACGUGAUUGUUCGCACAUUAUUUAGAUAAAAUUAUUAUACUCUAAAGUAUGGGAAGGGAUAUUGAAGGAAGACAUACAUAUGUGCAAAGACACUAAUAAUAUAUAGUGGAUGAUUUAAAUACCAUAAACAUGUUAGAAAGUGGACUCUAGGGACCGUGGACAGGGUUGGACCGUUCGGUAAAAAUUAAAAUUUUCUAUUCUGUACUGUAGAGUGGGAAAUUAAAGUUUACUUAUCCCUUGUAAAAAAAUAAAUAUGCCGCUCCCUCUUAAUGUAACAGUCAGUGCUCACGAGAGUCAAAAAUAAUAAAGGUGACGAGGGUUAAGGGUCAUGUGGGAGGAACAAACAGGAUCAAUCUAAGAUGCGAACGUGAUAGCCAGAAGGUUCGAAUAAUCAGAACUCUAGUGAAAUAAUCAAAGACUCCAACAUUUAACUUCCUCCAGUUCAGAGCGACUUUUCCGUAAAACUCUGGUUGUUGUUCUAUCUGAUUGUUCUGGGUGACCUUUGUACCCAUCUGAUCUUCGCGAGGUAUGACAGUUGCGUCAUUCGACCCCCGUAGAGAGGAAAAAGUUUUUAUUAUCAGAGAUACGUCACUGAUUUUAAUAAAAAUUUAUCCCCAGUUAUAAAAAAUUUAUCACUGGGGAGUUCAAGAAGUGAAAAUUCUGAAAGUCAGUGAUUUUAUCACCAAUUUUUAGUGAGAUUAUCAUUAUUUUUCUAAGUACUAGCUCUGACUUUCAAGACUUGAUCUUUAAUUCUCAAGGGGCAGCCGCGGUGAAAUCUCAAAGUUCCUGAAUUUUCUGGGGACUGAAUCUAGGGAUUGUGGUACUUGACUGAACAAAAAUUAACAUUAAAUUCACCGAUGAGAAGUUUCACUAUGUAAAAAGGGCAACACUAUAGGGACAACCGUUUGAACUUCCACAACAGUUCAAGUGUUCUAUUUUUCAAUCGAUUGAGCAGAAAUUUGGUUCUACCCUGCCUUUUAUACACCUCGAUAUAGGUAUGCACCUCACGAUGUUUCCUGUUCUCCGUGAUAUACCCAAAAAUCAUGAAAGUAGCUAGCACAUGAAUAUUGGAUCCAUUGCCUAAGUUUUCGAUGUAAAGAGAGAAAACAAACUAUUAUGAAAAAGUUAUGUACUAUUUUACUUGAGUAUAUAAAAACCAUAGGAGCUAAAUUUUAUCUCAAUCAAUUGAACAUUCAAAAAAGUUUAGUGAAAAUCGGUGACACAUCUCUAAAUAUUUAAAUUUAAUUUUCUCGCGUGUUACAAAAUACAGGGAGCCAAUUAGAAAGAUCGAAAAAGUUCCUGAUAAAUUACUUGUUCUUACCUGUUAAAAACUGAGUACAUUUCCAACCCUGGCCGCAGGUGUACCAAGAAGUAAAAAAAAUUAUAGGUACGUUCGUUGGGUUGUGAAUGUGUUUAUGCAACAGCUAAAAUCAAUUUUGGGCUCGGGUGUGCUUCAGGCGAUCUAGACAUCCGUAUAAUAUUUGUGAAUUCAAUAUUGCGCAAAGAAAUUCAUAGAUGAAAUUUUUUUUAUUCACUCACCUGUUCAUACCGCUUUUCUUUGCGCAAAUAUUUUUAUCGGUUAAACAUCAAGGGUGAAAAAAUUCUAUAGAGUUCGGCAAGACAACAGAGGGAAAAAAUUCUAGUAGUGAGAAAAGGGUUUACCUUUUGUAAAGUUUUCCUAUGACAAUUCUAUAGAAAUGCUCAUAAUGCUCAUGAGAAUUGAGACUCGAAAUUUCUCAUAUUUCUACAAGACUCAAUUUUUUUUCGCCAUUAUUAUUUUUUUACCCAUGAUGAUAUCUAGAAUCGCCGAUAUUUCCAAAAGAUCCAGGACUAAGCGUAUUUAAAAACGAUACCAGUUCAAAUCACGUUAACGAAAACUGCCAACUUCAUAUUAAUACACGUUUUAGUCAAUCAGAAGGACGGAAGGAGGUACAGAGGUACGUGAAAAUGAGGUGACAACCCAAAAUUCGUCUUAGGAUAAACACAUUUGCCGUUUGCACUUAGUGUAAUUUGAUAUUACUCGAGAGAGAUAAAUAAUGCGAUUACGCUGAUUCCACUUCAUUUAAUUUUUAUUGUCUUUUUAAUAAAUUAGUUUUAAUGAUCAAUUGUUAUUUCGUUACAAUCGUUACUUUGUGAAAUUAUGCCAGAGUUUAAAGGAUGAAAAUGUGAGGAUAUUGAGACCUGCGUGACAAAGAAGUGAAAAGUAAUAAAUAGGUCAAAUAGAAAGUAAUGAAUUUUGUUUUCAAUGCACAUUUCGUAAUAAAACAGACAAAUUCUCACUGAAAAAAAAAUUAAACUAAUAAAAUUACUUUCUGAGAGGGUUCGAUAAUGCGACGAGUGAGCAAAGUUAAUGAUAAAAUCAAUAAUCCCGUGGAAAUUAGAUUUAACGAUUAAGUGUAAAAACAAGUAAAUGAGGGGAUUGAAGAAAUUAAUAGUGAAGUUUUAAAAGAAUUCGACGCAGCAUAACUCAUUAAUGAGCGCAAUAUAAAAUUAAUUUAAGUGCUGUAAAACUACGUUGUACUCAGAUUAAACCUCCUACGACAGUAUAAUUUAUCAGAUAGAGAACAAAGCUGUGAGUUUAAAUAAAUUGUACAUUUAUUUAUCGUUAUUUUUUAUGUAUUACAUUAAUUUUCUUGUAAAUAAUAUAAGUAAGGCAUUUUUCUUUCUGCAUUGUGCAAUCACGACUCAUCUAAUUAGCACUGAUUAAAAAAAUCAAUUAUUCCAACUUGAAUUCUCCUCGUGGAAAACUUCCUUUCGUCAUUUUGCUAGUCAUAAUUAUUCUUCUCGAAUGAAAAUAAUGGAAAAAGCAUGCACCUUUUUUCAGUAUGAACAAAUAAUUAAUGGAAAAAAAACUAGUUAAAGCAAUUAUAGAUAAAUAAACGGAGGAAAUGAGAGAGGAUGUUGUAGACUACGUUGAUAAUGAUGAAAAAUAAUGAAAAUUACAAGUACAGUUAAACCUUCACACACUCGAUUACUACCUAAUGAUUAUUUACUAUGACAAAAAAUGCUAACUAUCGAUAAAUUGACAUGAAGAAAAAUAGGAGCAAAAAAAAUAUGAACAACAAACGAUCAGAGAUGAGGGGAAGAUACGAAUGUGAUGAGUUGUUUUGUGAGUACCAAAUUCUAAAAAAAUGUAUUUAAUAUUAACUGCAUAUUGUAGCGUAACCUUAUACUAACGGUAAAUACAUUUAAAUAAAAAUGGAAAAUGGUAAAAAAAAUUAAAUUACAGUAGCAUCCCCUCCCGUAGGUCGGGCGCUAUCUUGAAACAAUUAUUAGGUACCACUUGUAAAGUACGUUAACAAUGACGAAAAAAAAAUAUAUAUAAUAUAUAUAUAUAUAUACAUGGAUGAUACUGCAAGUCGACGUUUAUUUGUACGAAGACACGCGUUUACCAAAAAUGAACAAAGAAAUUGAAUAUAUGAAAUAUAAAGAACAAAAAAACGUACACAUAUAGUUUUUAGUAUGAAGGAGUAAAGUCAUAAAAUAAUGAAAAAAAAAUUAUUAGUACGGGGCGAAUGUUCGAGAUACCGCGCAAACGAAAAGAACGAUUAAUGGUGGUAAAAAAAAAUGCAGAAAAAAAUACGAAAAAAAAAACAUUACAAUUACUGUAAGAAUGUUGGGUGUAUAUUACAUGUAUGAAUCUGGGGUCCGUAAUUUUAUGGAAGUUCCUCAUCCUCAAGGAAAAAAAACACUGAUCGAGAUUUUGUAGAUUUAUGUACGAGAGUCUCUUCGGAUCUGCUCGAAUCCUUUUUUAUUCAACGGGGUGGGGGGGAAUAAGCGUUGUUACAUAGUGACUCGGUGGGGUGGCAAAUAAGGGCAUGAGAAGAUCAAUGAAGCUUGUGGGGAAUUAGUGUAACUCAAGUGAAUAUCAUAAUUGCCAAUUAAUCCCUUCUACAUUUUCCAUUAACCAUGUUUGGUGUAUUUUUGAUGUUCCUCUUGUUACAAUAAUUCCAAGAAUUUUUUUUUUCGGUAGGAGGGAUCAAUAUUCCUCGGUGGAGAGCAAAGGACGGCAGAUCCUGGCAGAUUCUUGUAAACAUGCGCUAUAAAGUCGUUUUUGUAAUAUCCGAAAUAAAAUUCAUAGUCGAAGAUUUAAUAAA